CUCCGUGACCGACGGUUCGUUCGUGUCGUUCUCCAUCUCGCCGGAGACACAGAGAGGAAAAAGAAAAAAAAAGAGAAGAAGAUAGAGAGGUAGAAGAGAGGGGAGAGAGAAGGAAGGAGCAAGAGGAGAGGGUCACACACCUGCCGGAGUGUUUAUUCUUUGCCGUGCGAGCUCCAGCUGAAAUACGUCCCGAGAGAAAGAGAUUUCGGAGCGUUCUCUAUCUCUCUCUUUCUUUCUCUCUCUCUCUCGAGAGAGAGUGCGUCCCGACAUUCGGUGCGUGCGAACCGCGAGCGGAAGGUGGACGGGGGAUGCGUGUUGAGGGUGCAUUGCCCAUAGGAAAUAUCUAUUCGUCCCUUUCGUAGUGUGAAUUAACAUGCGCCACCGAGUUUGAAAAGCGGACGAGCCGACGAACUCUGAGGCCCGAAUUCGAGAAACGACGUUGUCUAAAUAAUCGUAAUAGAGGAACGGGAGUGGGGCAUAUCGUCUUGCGUAAAACGUGAAAGAAGGGGCAACAAUGAACGGGCCAGUUUAUGCGUCAUCUUGUCCCGCAUUGCAGUCGAAUCUGUCGCUGCACAGCUCAUCCUAUUACAGCGAAUACAGCGGCACCACGCGAAGACGAUUGUCCUCGACGGGUGAGGCAGACACUUCCGCCACUUCGAGCUACGAGGGUAGCGACAGUUCCGAAAACAGCGACGAGUCCCGCCUCGACCCGGUCAGUCAGAUGGAACGAGAGCAACUCGAGACAUUCUUCCGCGGAUUAAAGUCGCAGGUAUUCGUCUGCGAGUCACUGGCGAACCUGUAUCUAGGUAGCGCCUCGCAGACGGAAAGGUGGGAGCUCCGCUUCACCGGUAUACCCGUGGUGGUGCUUGAUCUCGGAGAGACGCGAUCGAGAUCCAAGAGGCGGAUUCAGAUCUUGCUGGCGGAACGCGGCACUUGCUUCACCCUUUGGCGCGAGACCAUCGACAACCUUUCAUCGUACAAGGUGUCGGGGCCAGCCUUCCACACGAUGUGUCUCUCGUCGGAUCACACCCGCCUGGCCGGGCUCAGCUUCGACAACUCGAAGGCGGCGAACGAUCUGUGGCAGCACAUAGAGCGCCUGGUGUCCUGUCCGGAGAACAUCAGCCUGUCGGUGCCGGGCAAGAAGAAGAAGAAGCCGGUGCAGAAGAAGGUCGUGCUGCCGGCCAAGAGCAACAUCAGCCAGCCGUGUCAGUUCCAGCACGUGACCAGCGUGGACGCGGCUGACCGGUCGCGAUACUUCUCGCUGCAGACGCUGGUGCCGGCCUUGAGCGAGCUCGAGAGCUCGUUGGAGGCGAACUUCUGAGACAAGCCCGACGCCCCCAAGCUCUCCUAGGGACGCAGCGCGACGCCCGACCCCCGCCGUCUACCCCGGAAGUAAUCGGCUGCGGGAGGGCACAGGGCGAGAAGUCCUUGAGGACUCGCGCACAUGAACGCGAUAUCCCGGGGAUGACGAUCGCGUGCCCGCGCGAUGGUCUCGGGGAUACAUCGAGGGCGUAACGGGAGGCGAAUAAGCGGGGAAGACUGCAUUGCGGAUUCGAUGAUCGACAUCUUUCAUCUUCUCGCUCCUCCUCCUCCUCCUCCGGCGCGGUAGUUGCGGAGGAAGAUCACGGGGUGGAUCCAGGGGGAGGAGAUAUAUCGACGAAGCUUUAACGACGACGAAGGGAAGGCGGAUAUAUACUUGUGUCUCGAGUGAGCCAUCCAUGGCUCCGUGGUAGUUUUACUCGAAUUUAUCUUCAUCUUCUCGUGUCUCUUCCGAUAUAAUCAUCUAAUUAGCUGCUAAGAGUUUUAAGGAUUAAGCGAGAGGCCGAGUCCUCGCUCGAGCCGCGUGACGAUCGUCCUGUGAGACGAGGAGAACGGGAAAAGGGCCGUCGAAGGGCCACGGAGAGACGAGGGAGCGCGGAACAUUCGCGGAGACACGUUCUCGCCCGAGAAAGUCUAAUGCUGAUAUUCGUAGUCGGAUAUUGUUGAUAUUUAAAGCCGCUUUAAAAUCAUCUUCAGAUGCUCCGUGACUAAUUAAAUGAGCCGCACCUGCGGGCGAAUUUAAAGCCUUAAAUGUAAGCUCCGAUUAUGAAUAACGAUGUAAGAGCCCGUCAGAGCUCGAGAUAUUAAUAGAGAAUAGACAUCGGACAGGAUCGGUUUAAUUCGGAACUCGCGGUUCGCUGUCUGAAUCGCACGACCGAGCGCCAUUUUAAUUCAGAACUGAAGGUCAGCUACUUCUCGGUUGAAAGUGCGCAUGAUGCGCCAACAAAUCGUGUUAUUUUUGUCAUCAUUUUGGCAUAUCGUGACUGAAAAGAAGUCCUUCUUGAUGUUACAACGAGUUGCAGCGAGUAGCUACAAAUAAUGGCGAGAGUAUUCCUACUCAAAUGAAUUUUCCAAAUUAGCCUCUCGCAAGCUAACCUUCCCUUCUUACCCAUCUUCCUUUCCUCACUUCCUCACCCGCUUCCUCCGAGUAUCACGGAGAAUUCAAGUGGCGGACUAUCGAUAUAUCGAACUCAAUGUCGCUUCUCUAUGAAUAUCUGGAACUCCGAUCCAUCAGUGUCGCCGUCGCGCGCUACGAGGUUGUCCGCGGAAGAUGGAGCAUUCAUCAAUAUUCCUUCGGCUCGAGCGUGCUCUCUCUCUCUCUCUCUUUCUUUUUUCUUUCUCAAAGGAGAGACCGACUGACGUCUGCGACUGCAAAUGUUGACCGCGGGCCCCGGGCGAAACAGAAAGUUACCUCGAGGCGACUCCCUGAGUCACGUAGCGGCGUUCUACUCUCUUCGAGAGUCCUUCGACUCGUCGGCCAUCGGUGUCAUGAGACUUACAGCCGCGAAGAGAAGGUUCUGCGAAACGUUACGCCGAGAAUAAUUCGCGAUAAUAGCUCUCGCCUGGAAAUACGUUAGGGUCCCGAGGCGUUCUGUCGCGGACGGCAUUAUCGCGGAGACGCUCUCCGAAGAUCAUUUCGUCAUCGUCGUUGCGCGAACGGAUUCGACUAGG